CAGACCGCUAUUCAACUACUCGUCUCCUUUUCCUAAAAAUGAAGAAUAUUUCUGCUCGUCCACAACGUGACACCAUCUCCCACGUUUCACCAAAAUCAAGGAAAAUUCGAAAAUCCACGUCAGCAGAGAGAAGAGAAAAGGAAAAAGUAACAAACCGACUCCGACAAUUGGUUGCCGCCGAGGAAGACACUGACCAAUACGAGCUCGUCAUGGCCACCAUCGCCCACAUCCGAGAGCUCCAGGCUCAGCUCAACGGGAAAGAAAACUCGCUGCCACGUGGCUUUGAACAAUUCUUCACCUCCUCCGCCUCAGUGAGCCCACUCUCGUCGAGACCCGAAUCACCGGAAUCUUCUGUGGAAUCAUCAUCGCCGAGGUCAACUGCAUAGAAAUGUUUAGACAUUAGUGUUUUAGUUGUUAUUUUGUAAUUUUUCACAAAAAUUUACAUUUUUUGUGAACUUUUUUUUGUCAAUUUUCAUGUCGGGUACUUAUAUUUAUUCAUUCUGUACAUAAUUCUUUGAAAAAAACACUAAAAAACUAUAUAAUAAAUCUUAAAAAAGACCUUG